AAAAAGUAUUUCGAAAUUCACAUUACUGUUUUCUUGGAAGCAACUAAACAGUCUGAGUCCUGUACGUACACAGAAUUACCUUCAUCUAACAAUUCCUUCGGGCAACCCAUCCUGCGCCUUUCACGUUGCUUCACGCUGAGUGACAAACGGCUGGCCGCUGCCUGGCCAUAUAUGUCCAGGAGCUGUGUCCUGGCGCUGGCGGCUCCCGGGCGCCAGGGUGACUCACUCCUGGAGCCCUGCAGGAAGAGCUCCUUGCUGCCACCGGGUGUAGGACUCAUGGGAAGUGUAGCAAGGUGGUGAUUCAUCCGCCCCCGUAAAAGUGGACAUAGCCGUAGGUCAUUUAUGCAGGAAGUCAGAAGUCGUAUGAAGGUAUAUACGAGUAUACAGUCUUCAGAGGGACAGCAACCAAAGGAGGGUCGUCAGGCCUCACCGCAACAAAUGAUCUUUAGGGCACACCCUCGUCAGUAGUGAACCUUGGCGCCAGGCGGCGAGUGGAAAGCAGGUGACUUGGCUUCCCAGGCAGGACACAGCAUCCCCGUAGGUUGUGUCUUGGGUCCGGGGAGGCCGGCGGCCAUAAGUGGCACCAGCGAUGGGUCGCGGCGUCAGAAGGCCCCGCCCCCAGGUUUAAAUCACGGCCCCCGCACCAACACCUUGCGUAAAUAGCCGGUGUCAGCGUGGCAGUGUGCAUACCUGCCUCAUCUGCCGACACGGACACAUUCAGGUGCUUCGACCUCGUCGAAAAGAAAAGGAGGAUGGCGGCGCUGGCGAGUUUUGUAGUGACUGUGGCGGCGGCCACGGGCGUCAUGGCCCUUCCGUCUUUAUCGACGCCCUCACCUUCAAUGUCACAAGACAUCGAAAUAUCUCCGUCGCAGCUUUUGAAGGCGUUUGGUCUGUCGGAGCCCGGCGUGCGGCGCUGGCACUCCGAGCCGCCCCAGUACAUGUUGGACCUGUACAACGAGGUGGCGGAUGCUAACGGCUUGACACGCCUUCCCGGCCCCUACGGCGCCACGGUCAUCAGAGCUUUCUCAGAAAAAGGUCAUGGAAGAGACUCGGUCUUUUCCUUUCUCCUCACUGGUCUGAAGGAGGGGGAAGAGGAGGUGCUCGAGGCAGAGUUUCAUGUUUACCACUCGCGCUUAUCGCGGGAGCAACGACAUCUACUGGAUCAGAACAUAUACAUGCUGGAGGUGCGGUGGCUGGGGGUGGACGAGCAGCCUGUGGUGGGGCGGCAGCACAUCGCGGCGCACAGCAGUGGGUGGCGCGUGUUCAAGCUGGGAAGCGGGGUCCUGCGGGGACAGGACGGAACGGGGCCAGGCACUGCUCACGUCGCCUUGCAGGUGACGCCCAUGACGCUGACCGGCCGCCCUCUGUCUCUCACCCUUCACCAUGAGUCCCGGGGCUCCCGGCGGCCUCUCCUGGUCCUCUUCAGCAGCCUCAUCAUCAACGCCACAGCUGAGCCGCCAGCCAUGCACGCAGUGCAGCAGCGGUCUGACCCCGCCGUCCGCCGCACGCGGCGCUCCGUGGCAGCUGCCGCGGCGCCGCGAGGUUGCGAGCGCCGGAACAUGCACGUGAACUUCGAGGCGAUCGGGUGGUCGUCGUGGAUCUUGCACCCCAAGGUGUACAACGCCUAUCAGUGUCGUGGACAGUGCGCCUUCCCGCUGAUCCAAAGCGUCAACCCCACUAAUCACGCCACCGUGCAGAGCUUUCUCCAUCACGUGGGCAAAGCGCCAGGCGUUCGGCCCCCGUGCUGCGUCCCCUCUCUCUACGGCAACCUGACACUGCUCUUCUUCGAUUCUGACGAAAACGUCGUGCUCAAGCAGUACGACCAGAUGGUGGCCAUGCAGUGCGGGUGUCACUAACCUCUCUCACACCCGCGGAAACUGCGAAGUACAGAUGAAUGAGAAAAUGAUUUCGUAAAACAAACAAACAAACAAAAAAAAGUAAAUGAUGAUGACGGGAUGGGCAGCAGCAAAUAGCAGCAUGUCAUGUUGCACGAAGUCAAGAGCUAUGCAGUCUGUCUUCAUAAAACAAGAAAACCUCUGCAGAAACAUUUUUUUGGCAGUAUUUUCUGUGUGCGACGCCGCGGCAGCUGUCCAGCGCGGCGGCGUCCUGCACAUCCAGACCGGACAGCUGUGUCCUGCUUCUAGACUGCCGGAGACAGCCAUCUCACCCGUCUGAGACUGUCAGUUUAUAUGACUUUGGCUCCUUAAUAAAUAUAUAAAUAUCUACAUAGUACAAAACGUAUAGAUUUGUAGGUUAUUCUUAUAGUAAUGAUUACCAGUUUUUAUCUAUAUACGAAUAACCUAACUUAUUGGCGUUCCUGGCGCGAAGCGCGCUAAAGUAUCUCAUCAGGUUUUGUUGUCUAAGAAAGGUAAUGCUUUGGGGGAAUUGGAAUGGUAUGUACGACUGUAAGUUAAUUUUGUACUGUGAUAAUAGCUUUUUUAAUAAAACAUUACCCUGUUAAGUGAA